ACGCGCACGUUUUAUUUUAUUUACAAAAAAUUUCUUUUGAUUUCCCUUGAUCCAGUACCACAAAUGCCCAAAAAUGGUGGAUAAUAUAACGCUGAAUGUGAAUUCCAGGCCUGCGGUCCAGAAAAAACAACAACAAAAGCCUGUGCAAUCGGUUAAAAAACGUGUACAAAAAUCUCAGGAUUUUGACUUUCAAUUCGAUGUGGAGAAGCCCAAAGUCAAGGCGAUUGUGGUGCGCAGAAGGGCGGCCACCACGAAAGUGGCAACUACGAAUGCAGGUCCCUUGAAUGCCACAAAUUCGACAGACAAACUGCCUUCCAGUCCUUCAGUUUCUGCCCCUAAAUCUACUAUAUCCUCCGGAGAUCUUAUGUUCAAUGCCAGUCCCUCGAAACCACCUGUUAAAAGCAGCAUUUUGGGCGAUGAUUUCAUGCUGAAUGUGACCACAAAACCCGUGGUCACCACUCAAAAAGCCAAGCCAAAAAUCACCAGAGCCGAGAGAUUGGGCAAAAAGCAGAGGCAGGGAAAACCUGUGCUAAAACUCAGCGAUGAGCAGCUCACGCGUGCCCUGAAAAACCACCGAAAACCCAAGAAUCCCAAUCAAAUGCCCAGGGCAGGCGACAUUUUCCGGGCUCAAAUGGACGAGGAGCGGAGAAACAAGCGGCGGCAGGAGGCUGGAGAGGAUCAGGAGGCCAGCGAGGAUGAGGAGGAUGCCAAGAACAGGUCAACAGAAGGAUCCACAAAAGAUUUAGCAAAGGAGCCGGCUGAAUCCGGUGAAGAAUCAGCUGAGGAAGCCUCUGAAAAACCCCAACCCACAAAAGAGGACACCAAAACGAACUUGAAAGCGCCAUCAAAAGCUGGGGAAACCGCAACCCAAAACCGUUUUCGCACCAAGAAGAUAGGCCUCUUCGACCAAAGCGACGUGGAGGCCCUCAAGCAACUGGGCCAGCGGGCAGUGAAGCCCGUCAAGGAGACCAUCUUCACGGGCUCGAAGAUAUCCACUUUGGGUCUGCAUCCACAUGCAGUGAAGAACCUGGAGGACCUGCUGGGCAUACGCGAGCUGACCAGCGUGCAGCAGAAGACGAUACCCGAGGUGCUGCUGGGCAAGGAUGUGCUGGUGCGCUCGCAGACGGGCUCGGGCAAGACGCUGGCCUACGCCCUGCCCUUGGUGGAGCUGCUGCAGAAGCAGCAGCCCCGAGUGCAGCGCAAGGACGGCGUGCUGGCCCUGGUGAUAGUGCCCACCCGGGAGCUGGUCAUCCAGACGUACGAGCUGGUCCAGAAGCUGGUCAAGCCCUACACCUGGAUCGUGCCCGGCUCCCUGCUGGGCGGCGAGAGCCGCAAGAGCGAGAAGGCCAGGCUGAGGAAGGGCAUCAAUGUGCUGGUGGGCACGCCGGGCCGCCUGGUGGACCAUCUGCUGCACACGGCCAACUUCAAGCUCACAAAGCUGCAGUUCCUCAUCCUGGACGAGGCGGAUCGCCUGCUGGAGCUGGGCUACGAGCGCGAUGUCAAGCAGCUGGUGGAGGCCAUCGACAAGCAGCGGGCGGAGUGCGAGGACAAGGAGCACCUGGCCCAGCUGCAGCGCAUGCUGCUGAGUGCCACACUGACCUCGCAGGUCCAGCAGCUGGCCGGUCUGACCCUGCGCAACCCCCUGUACAUCGACAAUAGCGACGAGGCGGCCAGUGCGGCGCUCAAGUCGAAGGAUGGCUACCAGAAGGAGACCAUCGAGGCACUGCUGGCGGUGGAGGACGAUGGCCUGGGGGAGUACCAGGAGGACGUGACCGGGGUACUGAGUAUUCCCGACAACCUGCAGCUCAGCUAUGUGGUGGUGCCGCCCAAGCUGCGCCUGGUGGCUCUCUCCGCACUGCUGGCCAAGGAGGUGGACGCCAGCCCCAAGGAGUUCAAGGCCAUUGUGUUCAUGAGCACCACGGAGAUGGUGAACUUCCACCACGACAUGCUGAACGAGGCGCUGACCAGGCGCGUUCUGGACGAGGAGGACGACCAGGAGGCGGAGGACUCGGACGGGGAUGCCGAUACCCCGCUGCUGCAGGGUCUGCGCUUCUUCAAACUGCAUGGCUCCAUGACGCAGACGGAGCGACAGGGCGUCUUCCGUGGCUUCCGCGACUGCCCCAGCUGCGUCCUGCUGGCCACCGAUGUGGUGGGCCGCGGCAUCGAUGUGCCCGACAUCAAGCUGGUGGUGCAGUACACGCCGCCGCAAACCACCGCCGAUUUCGUCCACCGCGUGGGUCGCACGGCGCGAGCGGGCCGCAGGGGACGAGCCGUGCUCUUUCUGGCGCCCAGCGAGGCCCAGUUCGUGCGGCACCUGGAGAAGAAGCGCAUCCGCAUCCAGCAGGGCGACAUGUACGCCUACCUGCAGACCCUGCUGCCCAAGGACGACGAGGCCAGGACGGUGCAGGAGGCGGCCUCCAACCUGCAGCACAAGUUCCAGACGCUGCUCGAGGACGAUCGCGAGCUGCACGACAAGUCCUGCAAAGGUAGCUUUGUGUCCUGGAUGAAGUUCUACUCGACGUUUCCCAAGGAGCUGAAGCCCAUCUUCAACGUGCGCAUCGCCCACAUGGGCCACUUCGCCAAGAGCUUCGCCCUCAAGGAGGCCCCCUCCAAGUUCGCCGCCCAGCACGCCGCCCCCAAGGCGGCCCCGCCCACCAAUCGACUGACCUACACGGAAAGAGAUCCGGAGAAGAUUCAGGCCCAGAAGCGGGCCAAGCGGCGGUUCACGACGACGGUCAGCGGAGAGGUGCGUCAGCUGCAGCAGCGGGAUGGAGGAGCAGGAGCGCCAGAGGUCGACCGGCGGAAGCCAGGACCCCAGGGAUCCAAGGGAGGCUUCGUGGGCGGCGGAGUGGGACGCAGCAGCUUCAUGAAGAGCCUGAGCAAAUCGAGGAGCCUGAACAUAUCCGAGUUCGACAGCGGACUGCCGUCAGUGGGCCCCGCCAAGCGACGCAAGCAGACGUAGGAGGCGUAGGAGUCGUAGGAGGCGGAGGACUUUCAGUGGCAGGACGAGGCGGUCUUGGAGGAGAAAGUGGACCAGGAGGAGGAAGUGCGGUCCGCAUGGAGUUCGGAGCACUUUGCGGCAUUUUAUGCGCGCCAUUUUGCCUGUCCGCUGUGCCUGCUCAACCAUUUAAUCGAAAAGAAAAUUGCCCCAUAUAUAUUACAUAUAUAUAUAUAUAUAUAUGU